UUGCGGAAAGAACUGUCACACAACACAUUUACCAAUUUUCGCUGGUUUUAUUCGUUGUAUUGUGGAUAAUCAGCUGCAAAAAGUAAAGGGAUGUGAUCCCAUGAUAUAAUUGCACAGUCGGAUAUGGAUAUAUCUAGAUAGAUUGUUAUAUAUAUUGUGUACAUUUGCAUUUUUUCUUGAAGUUUACAUUUUCUGUAAUACAUUUUACAUGCAUUAUUGUGUACAUUUAGAGUAGUGUAAAUGUACUGACAGCUCCGAAUACAAUGGCUGAGAAAGUGAUUUCUGCAGUUGAAAACUCGCUUGGCACCUUGAAACUGGAACCACCUGGGAAGAACAACGUCAAGUUUUCGUUGGACAAGAUUGAGUUGUCUACCACAAUCGGAACAGGAACAUUCGGCCGUGUGCUAAUCUGCCGCCAUAAAGACAACAAACAAUUCUAUGCCUUAAAAAUACUAAGUAUUGCAGAGGUGAUACGCUUAAAGCAAGUGGAGCAUGUCAAGAAUGAAAAGUCCAUCCUCGAAUCUAUACACCAUCCAUUCAUCGUCGGUCUACACUGGGCACAUCACGACAAUACAUUCCUCUAUAUGCUUCUUGAAUACGUACCGGGAGGUGAAUUAUUCUCGUAUUUACGGAGUGUGGGACGUUUUAACAAUGCCACAGGCAACUUCUACACAGCGGAGAUCGUGUCCGCGUUGGAAUAUCUACAUUCACUCAGUAUAGUGUACAGAGACAUGAAACCAGAGAAUUUAUUAUUAGAUAAGGAAGGGCAUGUGAAGAUCACAGAUUUUGGGUUUGCUAAACGGUUAGAUGACAGGACGUGGACGUUAUGUGGUACGCCGGAAUACUUGGCCCCUGAGAUUAUUCAGAGUAAAGGUCACAAUAAGGCGGUAGACUGGUGGGCAUUAGGAAUAUUGAUAUAUGAAAUGUUAGCAGGAUACCCUCCAUUCUUUGAUGACAACCCAUUUGCCAUUUAUGAAAAAAUACUUCAGGGAAAGAUAGAAUGGCCAAAACAUAUAGACCCAAUAGCAAAAGACCUUGUCAAGAAACUUUUGAAUAAUGAUCGGACGAAACGAUUAGGGAAUAUGAAGAGUGGAUCAGAGGAUGUGAAGAAACACAGAUGGUUCAAACACCUCGACUGGGACGGCGUCUUCAAUAGAAAAUUACAGCCCCCAAUUAUACCAAAGGUUCUACACGAUGGUGAUACGCGGUGCUUUGAUAACUAUCCAGAGGAUGACUGGCACCGACGACCACCUGUUGGCCGAGCAGAUUCGGAUCAGUUCGCAGACUUCUAGAUAGCGCUGCCACAAAAUUGUUUCGAAACCAUGUUGCACGUUUGUGCAGAGGAUGCCGUUAGACUUGCUUCUAUGGCCAAGCCGGUUUGGAUUAGUUCAAGAAAUGGCCUGUAGGGGGCAGGAGCUUACUGGGCCAGGAUUGUGCUACAGUGGAUGUUCGUACCAGCAGCCAACACACUGAAUACCAAGCUAUUGCACUGCUGUUAUCCAGGCAGAGAUCACUGUGGACAAGCAGUGUUGACAAGCAGUGUUGACAAGCAGUGUUGACAAGCAGUGUGUACUGCUCGUCUGACUGCAUACAUGUAGGUCCAUCAAUUGAAUUCCAUGGAUGGGACUUGUUACGUACGAAUCACUACCCAGAUUGUUGAUUCCAUGGAAUGAAGCUGGCAUUAGUGAGCAAUCUGUUGUAAUAUAUUUCUAAUUGUUGAUUUGGAAAAAAGUUCUUGUCAAUCUGUUGUUGAAUGUGGUGCGAGUUGGCAAGUUUUGGAAAGGAAUGGUACUUGAUUGACAGCAGGCCAUGGUUUGUUGUAUUUGGUAUCUAUGUCAAAGCAACUAGUAGUCCCUGCACAGGUUAACAGUAGCCAGCUUGCCUGUAACAUCAGGAGGCCUGGUGUAUUUUACACUGAAACUUGACACUAUAAAGUCAGAUUUACAUUAUCAAAAGAUGGUAGUGUGCCAGCGAGUAAUUAGACUGCAGUUCACUGGGCCAGAGCCUUCUAAGUGACAGCGGGGAAGUGCCCUGGUGGAAGCAGUCCUUCAACUAAGAUCAUGAUCUGUUUUCAAAACUUGUCAACCUAUUUUACAUUGAGAUAACGAGGUGGAUAAUGAUGUAUAUUUCUCUGUGUUUAAUACAUGUGGCAUUUUCAUGUAAGCAGGCAUUUGUUUGUUAGUGUAAUUACAGGGUGGCCCAAUAAACAUGGCCCUGAAAAGACCGGUUUCAUUCCUUAUUGUCUGUGAUGUCAACUUCAGGCCAGCAGCUUUUGGCAAGCAGCAUCAACAGAUCAACGCAACUGGUGACGACGUCAUAAUGUGGGCUCGCCAGUCAUUCUGUUUUGAUGCCCAAUACGGCAGAUUCUGUGGAAUCAAGUGCCAGUUUUGUAAUUUCUCUAACAAAAAAUCUAACAUCCCAGAAACAUGGUGCACCUUGGCACAUGGCAACAGAGACAGGCCACCCUGUAAAUCCAAAUGCUAUUGUUAAAAAUUUGAUGGGCUAAGCUUGUUACUUGUACAUCGUGUAUGCAGCAGUAUAGAGAUAUUCUCAUCUUGUAUGAAAUGGUAUCAGUUCAUUUGUGGCUGAAAUAUCCUGCUUGUGGGUCAGAAUUUCUAGGGCGAGUCAAGAACAUAGCAAUAUUCAGGAAUCACAGAAGUAGGUUGAAUAGUUGAAACUUUUGGUGUUGUUCCGUAUUUUUAUGGAGUUGAUGGAACCAGAAAUCAUGAGAAAGCUUGGGCAAAUGUUGCUAUAUUUUCACUUAGUUAUUGAUGGUAAAUUUUAAAUUGUUAGCAUGAUAAAUGUAACCAGGGAAAGUGACAUUAGUCACAUUAUUAUAUUACUCUGAAUUGCCAAAAGAUGUAAAUAGUCAUGUAUAAAAGUGCUAUAGAUUCAUUGUUGGAUAACAACAGACUAGAUAUAAAUUUUGUGUGUUUUUAAAAAGGUUUUAUAUUUGACAUGGUCGUUGUUAAUGGCGAUAAGCUUGUGAUGGCAAUGCGACUAUGUUGUUGGUUGGCUUGCAGUUCAUAUGUUAGUUUGUCCGCCAGAGAUCGUGCUAACAGACACCUUAUACUGGGGUCACACGCCCAUCAAAUCAGGGAUAAAGUCAUAGAAUCCAGGCAUUUAAGUGUCAGAAAGUCAGUAGUUGCUGCAUAUCGUAACUCCAAAUGCUAUAUGGUGGUAGAUGAGACUGGUAUCAAGACAAAGCGUGUGGCAUUAGGAGAAAUCCGACUCGUGCCUUGAUUUGAUGUGCAGGAUCAUGUAUGUUUAUAUGGCUGCUGCGGUAAUAUUAAAGGAACUGAAAGCUCCAAUCAGUCGCUGAGUUAAGGAGUGUUUUGACUCUUAAGUCCAAACUUUUCAGUUGCAGUUCAGCAGAUAAAGUCUGAUAUAUCUACAGUAUAGUAGUGUUUGUAUCAUUUCUAGAGGCUAAAAAUGUCUUGGUCUUCAUCAUGUGUUAUACUCAUUUCACGAGGAAAUGGCACUGCACUCCAGUGCCUAAAAUGGCACUGCACUCGGGGGCCUAAAAUGGCACUGCACUCGGGGGCCUAAAAUGGCACUGCACUCGGGGGCCUAAAAUGGCACUGCGGUCGGGGGCCUAAAAUGGCACUGCACUCGGGGGCCUAAAAUGGCACUGCACUCGGGGGCCUAAAAUGGCACUGCGGUCGGGGGGCCUAAAAUGGCACUGCGGUCGGGGGGCCUAAAAUGGCUGGGAAAAAUUGGUGUGUUUCACAGGGCCUGUUUUUGGUAAUGAUUUUUUCCGACUUUUAAGUAUUGACUUUGAAAUUCCAGAUGAAAUACACAGUUAACAGUUUGUUCAAAUGUUGCAUUUUAUGAGCAAAUUCACCAAAUAUCAGAGUGUCAUUUUCUUGUGAAAUAGACUAGAGGCAUUACUAUUUAUUUGUACCAUUUGAUGUCAAGACUCCAAUUGGCCAAUCGAGUUGUGUUAAAAUUGGAUAAAUGUUUUAGAACUUUUUUACUUUUAAGUCAGAUAGAUAUGCUACAGGGUGUCUACUGUAGGCAUUUUCAGGUGGAUUUGAAAUGCUCAUAGUUGUGUUUGAAUUUGUUAAUCUUUGUUUUGAAAUUGAAAAUGCUAAAUAGAACUUUGCAAAAUGUAGUUUAAGUUUGAGUGUUGGAAUGAUGUCGAUAUUAGUCUCAAAACAGUUAAGUCAACAAUAUGUUCUGAAGGAGGAGUGGCUUGGAAAUGCAGACACUCAUUAAAUUUACAGAGGGGUUGGUUCUGGCAUACAUGUAUGGUGGUACUGAGGGGUUGGUUCUGGCAUACAUGUAUGGUGGUACUGAGGGGUUGGUUCUGGCAUACAUGUAUGGUGGUACUGAGGGGUUGGUUCUGGCAUACAUGUAUGGUGGUACUGAGGGGUUGGUUCUGGCAUACAUGUAUGGUGGUACUGAGGGGUUGGUUCUGGCAUACAUGUAUGGUGGUACAGAGGGGUUGGUUCUGGCAUACAUGUAUGGUGGUACUGAGGGGUUGGUUCUGGCAUACAUGUAUGGUGGUACAGAGGGGUUGGUUCUGGCAUACAUGUAUGGUGGUACAGAGGGGUUGGUUCUGGCAUACAUGUAUGGUGGUACAGAGGGGUUGGUUCUGGCAUACAUGUAUGGUGGUACUGAGGGGUUGGUUCUGGCAUACAUGUAUGGUGGUACUGAGGGGUUGGUUCUGGCAUACAUGUAUGGUGGUACAGAGGGGUUGGUUCUGGCAUACAUGUAUGGUGGUACAGAGGGGUUGGUUCUGGCAUACAUGUAUGGUGGUACUGAGGGGUUGGUUCUGGCAUACAUGUAUGGUGGUACUGAGGGGUUGGUUCUGGCAUACAUGUAUGGUGGUACAGAGGGGUUGGUUCUGGCAUACAUGUAUGGUGGUACAGAGGGGUUGGUUCUGGCUGCUGUAUUGGCUACAGUGCCUGUGGUGGUGCAGUAACGAGGGUUCUACACCCCUGACAGAUGUGGGUUCAAACCCCUGCUAUGUCCCCCAACAGUUGUCUCUUUAGUUGUCCUUGCUAGUCAUGUGUGAUCGUUAGUAUCAUGUGCCAUAACGAAAAAAUACACUCGCUUCCCCAAAAACAACAUUGGCCAUGUGGAAAGUAGUCUAUUUCUUUAUUUCUAGCCUAAAUAGGAGAGCCAUGUUGAUGAGAACUUUCAACUCAGAUUCUCACACAAGGUGGCACCACUGUCCAGUUGACAGAUUAUGAUAGAGAGGUUCAGAGAAUGAAGGGGGGGACAUUGGUCUAUUAUGUCGAGUCAACCCUCACAAGACAAUGAAUUGAAGCGGUAUGAAUAUUUUAAAACACCUGGAAGUAUUGAAAUGUGAUUGCAGUUUAUAAUGUUUAUUCAAUAGUUCUUGAGUCCUGGGACAGCUACUACCAAUGUACAAGAACACUGUUUGGUCUAACAAGUUAUUAAUUUUGUAAAAUCUAUAUGUAUCCUUUGCCAUAACAUUCUGUUUUGAUGUCCCGAGGCGAAAAUAUAAACAACUUUAUACAGAUUUUGGCCGCACUACUGAAGAAAAUAGAUUUAGUGUUAACCCUCCAGUGCUGUGUUAUCAGUGUGUACCUUUUCUGAAAAUCCUAAAACUAUUUUAUAACAAAUUUAUGUUUACAUAUCUUGCCAUAUUUUAUUUCAUUUUCCUUAUACACUGAUACACUGGAUUCAAUGAGAACCAGUCUCAAACAAAACCACUAUCGUUUAAAUGUUAGGCCUUUUGAAGGUCCUGUUUCUUUGUGAACUCUUCCACUCUUGCCCACAGGAAGUGGUAGUGUGCACAACUCUCCAUAGGCGGAGCUGUAAGUUCAGGUCCAACACACGUUUAAUUGUCUGAAUUUAAAACUAGCUCCACUUGUGAGGAAGAGGAGACACUUCUGUUUCCAUUAGAAAACUGCAAAAAUAUGUGAACUGUGUUGGACCUUCAAACAGGAAAGUGAUGUAACUGUGAACAUUACUCAAGUAACCUAAUUCACUAACGAUGUAGUUCAACCACCAGAUGAGAAUAAUCUGGUAUCAGUUAAAGAGUGACUCAUAUUUCAGAGUGAUGGUGAACAAAGGUCAAAAUAAUUGUGAAAGGGUUGUUUUCAUGGGCAAAGUGAAAUACAAUAUCGCCAUCUGGUGGGUGAUGAUAAGCUGCACCUCGCAGGUGCACUGUGAUGCGUUAAAUCGGACCACUUACGUCAUUCGGAAUACUAAUCUGCUGGGAUGACAUUAAGCCUUUACAUACAUUGUUUAUUUUACCAGAAAUACUCAAGUUCUAUAAAGCAUUGCUAUGCGGGUAAAAUUGCUUUUUGCUUGAGUUGAAUCAAGAAUUACAUCCAUUUUACCAUUUUGUGAUAAAACCAAGAAUGUUUUUGGAAUUUCUUUGAAAAGCUGUAGGAAUUUUGUAGAUAUUUUUGUUCAUAUUCAUUUGCCUGAUGCUUUGAAAUUGAUGAGACAUUUAGUUCUUUGUUUGGGCAAUGUCAGCUCAAAAUACUGGGUCUGGUUUAGAUUAUAAGGGAGGCCCGAGGCAAGAGACUGGUGGGCCUGAUUAAGUUAUACUAAGUGGCCAAUAGGCGUCUCAGCUAUCACAGACUACAUCGGCACUGUUCAUGAUGUAUGAGACUACAUGUCUUUCAAGAGCAAGUCAAACCAGCUCCUUCUCUUACUCAGCUUAGUGACCCUGAGAGCUAACUUGGUCCCUAUAGUUCUGCCUUUACUUUCUCAAGACAAAACUCUUCAUAUCAGCGAUGGGAGAGCAAAUCUGUUGUCUGAUAUCCAGCUUUAUUAGAGUACUCUGUGUCCGAUUAUGAGAAUUAAAGUCUCCUGCAGAGAAUGUACUGAAAGAGAGCUGUGGUCUAGUUGUUGUGUUACCACUGUUGGUUAUUCAAGAGAUGUUUAUGGGUGACACGGUCUGUCAUGCUGUAGGGUAAAUAUAAUAAAAGGUCUUAUGCAGAAACAUGCUAAGUACACUUCUUAUACCAAUUCAGCCAACUGCGGAACACAGUGAACAAUGUCACGUGUCGAUACACCCAUUGACCAUGUUACUUCACAGGGACACUUCAACUCUAAACCUCUUCAAACAAGGCUCAGUGUUCAAAGCAAGUUACUGCAUUAGACUCUUAAAAUAGGGGGAGUGGUUCACAAACAUACCAGACUUACACUCAAGAUAAUGUUUUAUGAUUUUCGACAAAAUGCAGGCAAUACUUCUUACCUCUCGUUCAAUCAGUCUUUCAAAUCUUUCAAAUGAAUUUAUUUGAAAGACUCGGGUUGAAUUGAAUACACCUGUACAGAGAACUGUUGCUGCCAACCAACAGGAAAGCAUAAGCUAAUUUAUGGCACAUUAUGGUACAUUCACUGAACAUUUAAAAAGAACUUGCAGCUGCACUAAAUGGCAGCUCCUAUUUUGUGUGUUUCUGAACCACCCUGUAUAGAUGGAACAAAUGGCCCUGGCCCUUGAGACGGGUACGUGUUCUGACCCGAUCGGUCCAGCCUGGUCUGCUCCCAGUGGGAGACAGGCUUUUACAUUGUAGACGGCAUUUCAUAAUGUUAAUACUAAGGGUGUGCUGCACAUUAACAAUAAAGCUUAUAAUUUUACGGAAAUAA